AUCACUACUAUUGAACAUGCAAACUGAACAAUCCAAGUCGGAGUGAUGUGAGAUGAUGUAUUCCUGUUAUUCGACAAUGAGUGUUGUUGGCGACAAAAAAGUUUUUAAGAAUUGUCAAAAGCAUUGGACAAUGCGGUUUUGGUGUUAAAAGUAAUAAUUACUGCAUAAAGAUUCAAGAUUUUAUAUAUUUGCAAGACAAUAAUACUCAGUAUGUGUAACAUACCGCCGAAAUUUUAUGAACUUUGUCGUCUUUGUUUAUCGUGUGAUGGUGUGAAAUCGUCUAUUUUCGAUGACGAAGGAACUCAACGUAACUUUCCACUUAAAAUAAUGACGUGUCUUUCUAUAUUGGUCUCAGAGAGGGAUCUUCUGCCACCAUCAAUAUGUCAUCGUUGUGUAUACAAAUUGGACGUAUUGUAUGACUUCAGGGAAGUGUCAAGAAAAUCAGAUGUAAUUUUAAAGCAAUACUUAAGCUACCCAGGUCAUUUAGCCAAUACAACACAGGUGUCAGUGAAGAAAGAGACUGAAAAUUUGGUGGACUGUAGCAUUAAAAAGGCUGAUCAAAAUGGUGUUCAGGAUGAAACGACAUCUGCGUCUCCAUGCAGUGAAAGGAGCAUUGACAAGGAAGCACAGGAGAUGGUUGCUGCGUUAGAACUACGAAUCAAGGAGGAGCCUCUAGACGAAGAAGAGGUACAGGAGGAGGAGGGGGAGGAAGACAGAGCAGAAGGAGGAGAGGGCAUAUGUGAUGGUGGUUUGCAUAUGAAUGGUGGGUCCUACAGAGUUAUAUCAGGUAAGGGGAUGAAAUUGGAAGAUGAGUCAUCAGAACACAUUGAAAGGGAGAAUGUGCUUCUGGAUCAAGGACUGGACAUGUCAGUUGAACGGAAGUUGAAGAUAGAGGAGGUAUGUGAUGAUGAUGAUGAUGAUGAUGAGGUGGAGGAGGAGGAGGAACAGAAUGGUGUAAGCCAUGGAAGCCCACAUGACUCAGACAACGAAGGGAGCAACUGUGGAUCAGUGACACGCAGUCCAGAUGAUGAGGCAUCAAGGGAGCGGAGAGCAGAUGCUCGGUCAAGCUCAGAUGAGGGUCAUGAUAUUGGAAACAGACCUGUCGGAGAAGCCAGCAAUCUUCUGCGAACUCUCAUAUCAUGUCGGAAGUUAGGGAUUACACCAACAGAAGCAGCAGCAAACAACCACAUUGUUCCUAUUGGUACUUCGCUCCAGCAUUCAUUAAAGUCGCGCAGUAAACUGUAUUCUGCUAUUCAGAUAUCAUCACUUGCCUCCGAAACAAAUGCGGAAUCCCACUCAGCAGCUGUUCUAGGAAAUCGAACUAAUCUUCCUUCAACUGAAGAAAUGCCAUCAGCGUUUACAAUAACAAUGAAGUCAAUGGAGAGAAGUGCAAGAGCAAACAUGGCUCUUGUAGCCGUGAGUAAACAGGAUGGUAACAGGAGGAAGCAAAGCUGUCCAUCAAAAUCAGAUGCUUCGGUGAUAAGAAGAAGCCCUGUUUCUCCGUAUGUGCGUGGGGAAACUUUUCUACCAGAUUUCACUGGUAACAAUCCUUGGUGUAACAUCUCUACUGUUAAACCAGGCAGGUUGGCAGCUCGACGCAUGGAUCUAGCAUGCAGUAACUGUGGUACCAUGACGACCACAAUCUGGAGACGCAACCCAGAGGGUGAGAUGGUCUGCAAUGCGUGUGGGCUCUACUACAAACUUCACGGUGUUAACCGACCGGUCACAAUGCGACGUGACACCAUACAUACUAGACGUAGACGGCCCAAAGGAGAGAAGGGUAGCGGACGGCAUAGGAAUAAAUCAGGUAACAGUGGCAGCAGUAAUGAAGAUCCAGUGGAUAUGUUGGCAGCCUUGCGGAGACAGAUUCAACCACACUUAAUGCUGGCGCUGCAAGCAGCACCUGAGAGUAGUAAAAGCAUCUCGGGUAACCACAGUCACCUUCCUCCUGCAGUCAGCGUACCUUCAGCGUACGCCAUGGUGCAGGUGAAAACAGAGCCGAUGGAGUCUGCGGGAGAAGAAGAGGAUGAAGAUGAAAACAUGGCUGACUUGCCUCUGAAUCUUGUUUCUACAACACUUUCAGAACCAUCAUCUCAGUGACGAUGGAAGGUAAGAAAUGUUGCAUGUGGAUGACUGCAGAAAAUACAUGAGAUUUUUAAUACAUUGUUGCCAGUAAUAACAAUGCUCGAAACAAAGUCUGAUGACAAUUGAACCUUGUAAUUGUUUUUAUUUGUAAGUGCCUACUGUAAGGUGUGCAAGUACAGUGUUUCUGAGCUUUAGUUUUUGAUCAUAGCUCUCCAUAUUUUUAUCUGAUGACGGAAACAGUUCCAGUUUCCAAAACUUGAGAUUAUUUGGUUUCCAAAAUAUGAGUUAUGUUUAUGUGUUUUUGGUUAGGGAACGUUGUUGAUUUAUUAUGUUUCUGUCCCAAAUUUGGAAAAGAUAUGGGAAGGUGAACAGCAUUAUUAAUGAACAUGUGUUUUCAAAAUGGAAGGGAAUUAAUCAGAGCGCUUUAUUCAACCCAAAAGGUCACAUUAAGUAACUUUGUUUACAUAUUUAAUUGCUAUCCACUUUUUCCAGCAUUUUAAUUUCUUUUAAUUUACAUUGCUUGAACAUUUUGGUUUUUAACAAACAGCCUUGUCGAUUCGUGAUAAAAAUGGACUGAACCAGUAUUAUUACAAUUUAUAUAGACAUGUGAGAGGUGCAUAUUUUUUAGAUAAAAUCUGAAAAGCAAUACCUCAAUCUCAAUUUGAACAUUUCAGCCUUAAACUUAGAGAAAUUUCAUUUGCUUUACAUAGUAGCACCCAAACUACCUGAUUUAUCAGAAUCACAGUGACUGCCAGCACUAGAAUGAAUCAGCUUGUAAGAAAACUCUGUCUCCUGCUCCCCCUGUAAAUGAUGUUGGGACUUCAUUCCUCCAGCCACCAGCUCAUCUUCAGUAUUGACAUUGCCAUCUUAAAUUCAGCAGAAAAUGUGUACUGUGUCUGUCCCUUUUCUUGGUGCCUUCUCAGUUUUAAGUGUUCUGUGUGCCGCAAACUGCAUCAUGCUUUCAGAAACAUUACACUUAUGGUUUUAAAACUUUAUCUCAUGGUAUAAUUAACAUAUAUUUUACAUUUGUGAGAUUUUAGAUUAUCAUUGCAGCAAGCAUGAAGAUGACUGCCUUCUAGAUUCAACAUCCUAGAAGGUGGUAAUCUUUAUUUCAAAUAUAUUUUAGUAUAAAGUUAACUCUUUGUAUAUGUCAGUAUUUUUACAUCUGCCUCAGGUUUGAACAAACUGUACUUGCACGUCUCUGGCAUUAGAUGGGAGCUGAGAUCUUCUUAUGGUAAGGACAGAUGUCACUACCUUCUGUUUUGUGUCAUGCGUGGGUGUUGAGUAUUUUCCAUGUCCUCUGCUGGUAUGACAAUUUCAGCUGUGGGCUCUUUGUAUUAUCUUCUCAGCCCAAAACAGUACCGUGCAUCAUCACAGUCUUUAUUCAUUCAGAUGCUGGAAGAGUUACAUGCAUUUUUAAAAUCUGAGACAGAAUGAAACAAGAAUUCUUGACUGUCAUGGUUGUAUCUACAUGAUCCUUAUUUUUAAGUCACAUUUGAACAAAUUUGUAAAAGAAUGAAUUUCAACAGUUUGAUAGUAACAACUUUUGACUUCAGUUCUCUGUAGCUUUUUAAAUUCUUUGAUCUGUUAACUAUGUUUAUUAAUAUGAUUGAAUUAUGAAGAUAUCAGAUUGUCCUGUUUUCACAGUUUUUACAUAAAACUUCAAAAUUUCUGUUUUGUUGCCAAUAACUCAUUCUCCAGAACAGUUUCAUUCUGAUUUUUUUACGUGUUAAUAUUUUGUUACUUAUUACCUACCUUCUUCAAAUUGGAGAUGAAAACCAGAAUUACUUUGAAAGUACUCAUACAAAUUUUAUCUUGCUAGCACUUUACAUUUACAUAGGAUCUUGCUCUGAAGGUAACCUGAUUUUUGUAUUAUUGGAUAUGUUAAAGCCAUACAUAUUCAGUAUUAAAAUGUUUCAAGGCAUUGAAUCACAACAUCAAAGUAAUUUGAUCAGAGGCACUUUUCAUAGUUUGUAUUUGCUUUCCUUUAUCAGUGAAUAUUGCAGAGCCAGCUGACCAAUUAUUAUGCUUAAAAUAUACUGAAGAAAGUACAUUUUAUGCAGGUGUCAGGUGGUAAUUUUUUAUGUAGUGGUACAGAUUGAAGUUGUAGUGAGAUUUGUCCUGUAAUAUUUGAAAUGACCAAUUGAUGGCAGCUAGCCAUGACAUUUAUUACAGUUUAAGUAAUGACUGCUCUCUUCUGCCCUGUUAUUCAGGCUGAGAAAUUAUCAGUAUUUAUCAAAAUUAAAUUAUUCUUAAAUAUAGCAAGACUCGUUUAAAAGGGUGCCUUUUUAUACUUUCUUUACUGCCUACAAAGGAAUUAAAUUAAACAUUAUUCAUACUGUGAACUUUUGUUGAGAACAAAUGCUAUUUUCCGAUGACAAUAUAAAUGUCUGUUCCUCCAUUCUUAAACACAUGUAUUUUGUUCAUACUGAUUGAGGAAAAAAUUGUCCCCAGACACAUAUUCCAGCUUCUUUUAAAAGUGAAUCAAUACAAAUUUAUUUAUAUGAUGAAAAUUGCUUUUGUUAAAUAUACAAAGAUAAUUUACUUGCCACCUAUUAAUAAUGUGACAAGGUUGAUUUUACUCAAAGCACUGCAUUUAAUUAACAUAUAAAAUAUAUGCUGUUACAGUAAAACCUUGGUAAUCCACACAUCACAUAAUCAGUUCUAGCUUAGUAAUGCAUGGUUGUGUUUGAAGUGUGAAUCAUGGCAUGUAAUAGAAGCAGAGUGAAGUGAUAUAUUUUGACUUUGAAUAUUUUGGGUAAGUAUAAUUCUUGACAGGAUAAAUGCCAGUGUUUCAGUCAUGAAAAUCACUGAAGAGUUUGGAAGUCAAAAAAGAUUCUCGCACUCAAAAUCUGACGGAGGAAGAAAUAGCCAUGGAUGUUUCUGCUGCGUUUGUGAUUCUGAUGAUGGAACUGCAGAAUAAUCGAGCAAACUUUUAGAGGUCAGGGACAAAUGAAAUGUAAUUAUCAGUUUUGUUCACUAGAUCUCUUAUUUUGCAGUGCAACUUUGAACUCUUGUCAUCAGUGGCAAAGACCUAGCAGCUUUUUAAGCCUGUUUCCUUCAUAAUGUGUGUGUGCUAAAGUAAGCAUUUCAUACGUAACUCCCAGAUAAUCAUGUCUCACACUUUCUACUUUGCCAGUGUGACAGUUUUAAUAAUACAUUACAUUUAUUAGCAUCUUUAGAUGAUCAUACUGCCAAUCUAUAUUAUCAUGUAAUCCAGACAACUUUUAUCCUCUUGUAGUAUGGAUUAGCCAGGUUUUACUGUAUCUCUAAACCCUGAGGAAAGACUUAUAAAUACUUUAUUUGUUAAUGAAAAUAAUGUCCAUCAAUAUUAAACUCUGACUUGUUAGUUCCUCUUAAACUUUUAAGAGAUGUUUACUGAUAGUAAAAGUAAUAUGUGUUUGGGAAUUAUGUAAGUCCUCAUGUGUCGGUGUAUUACAGAACUUUGCAAAAGAGAUGAGUCCCUCUCUUGUUUUGGUUUGACAACAACAACAACAUGACAGUUUUAUAUCAUACUACAUUAGUUUAUUAUUACUGCUUCUCGUAAGUUAUUUCUUUUAGCAGGUUGACUGGUUUAUCAUAAGCUAAGUUAUUUGUUGGGGUGAAACUCCAUUGAGCAACUGCUUUUAGCAGAGACUUAUGAAAUGAUGACAGUGAUGUGGAGAAAAAUCUAUUUAAAUUGCGUAUUCAUAAUUUUUACUUUUUAUAUAAAAUGGUAAUUUUGUAGACUUUUCUUAAAAAUAUUUAUUGCAAUUUUACUGUUGCACAUGCUAUUAAGAAUAAUGAUAAUAAUAAUAAUAAUAAUUCUUAUUAUUUACAAGUAUUAUCCAAAUGUCUGCAGGGGACACUCUCUCUGUGUUAUUGUUAAAACGGUUUUUUUUAAUAAUUUUGUGAUCUGUUUGUAACAUAAUUGUGCGACUUUUUAAAAUAGUUUGUUAGUUUGUAGUGCAUUUUAUCAUAUGUCACAACAGUAUACUUCACUGUAACUUGAUGCUAAGUUACAGUGUACAAAUAUAGUCACCAGUAAUUAUAGCAUCAAAUCUGAAACCUUAUCAUACUGCUUUUAUGCACACCUUGAUUGCUGAACUGUCGGCAGUUUUUAUAAGUAUUAGUAAUUCCCCUGGAGUAGUUUGUUACAAAAAGAUAAUGUAGUUUUAGUUUUUUAAUAAAGUAUCUGGAUGUUUUGAAAUAAUCAAAAUCUACAGUGGAUGAGAAUUUUUCAAAUACUCAUGCUUGGUAAGACUGAAAAAUGCCCUGUCAUAAAUUUGUCAAAUUAAAACAAUGCUUGCCAUUUACUUUUUCUGCCACGUAAAAUGUGGAAAGAUUUGCCAAGUUCGAGUGAAACAAUUCCUGUGUCAGAUGUGCAAUUAGUACUAUCAUUUGAUAAUUUUUUUGAAUGGGUGCAUAGAUUCCUUUUUUUAUUGGAUUUUUUAAUCUUUGAACUGAAGGAAACACAUGUAAUAUAGGAACUUCGCUGCCAGCAGCAAUUACAUAGCAGUAUCCUAGGUUUGAGACUUUGAUUUGGUGUGUUGGUGACUGCAUAUAUAAAUAUGUGCAUAAUUUAUUUACUUUAUAAUCUAAAAUUUUAUUUUGUGUGGAUCCCCCCCCCCCCACUUGGUAUUCUUUUAAAUGAUGGCAGCUCUUGGUAUAUUGUUAAAUACUAUAAAAUGACAACUUAAUAUAUAACAAAUCAUUAAAUGGAACAUCCAUUUUUCUUUCAUCAAGAGGGUGGCUGCCAAAAAUAGAGAAGUACUUGAAAUUGGUUAAUGACUUUUUUCAGCUGUGACACAGUGGCUGCAAAGUGUGUUUGUGAUUUGAGUGAGAUUAUUUAUGUUUUUCUACAAGCAUUUUUUAUAUAAUCUCUAAAAAACAAAUAUAUGACACAAGUAUUAACUUAGGUGUACAAUUGUCAUAGUGCAUUUCAACUGACAAGUAUUUUAAUACUUCAAAAUCAAUCUCUUUUUGACAAGAAUUUCACUUGGCUUAUUAUGUAAAUACAGAAAUAAUGCGUAAUGAAACUCAUUUUUUUGUAUAGAACAUGGAAUGUGAGUGAAACAAAGAAGUUACUGAAUACUCAUUUAUAUCUGUAAAGAAAGCCAUCACUAGUGUUUUAUGAUGGUUUUGAGCCAUCCUGUUGUAGAUACAUAAAUACUCUAGAUUAACUUGGUCCUCAUGGCAUUCAGAACAGUUUCAACACUUCAUUGUGAGCCAACAUAAUUCAUGCUUUUCUUUACAGCUUUGCCAGUGCUCAAUUAUGGAUGCUUUUGUUUUUUCUAACACACACAUCAUGACAUAUUUCUUUAAAUGUAGUAAGUAGAGUAGCUGUGUGGUACGUAAGAUACAUUACCUGCAGGUCUCAACUGGGUUUGGCAAUGCUGACAGUGGUGAUCCAUUGCUCCUUUGCUGUCAGCUUUCAGAAAGGUAUUCUCUUAACACCAGAAAUAGUGUACUACCAUUCUACAGGUUCUGAUCAAGAGGAAUUUUGUGCGCAGUUAUAAAGGCUUCAUUUUAGGUGACAUAGCGAUCACUUAAUUUUCAUGUCUAGUAGAUUGCAGUGACAGUAGGUAAGAUUCUCUUUGCUAUUAUCCACUUCAUGUUGUGGAGCAACUUUUUAAAUUGCACGUUUCAUGAUUUCUGAUUUUAUCACUUUGGGUUAUGAUAAAUCCUGCCUAGAACAUGCCUGCUUUUCCUUUUGUAUUUACCUUUAUAAUGCGGAGUUCCUUAUUCUUAAUAGUUUGGUGAGUGCUAUCAUUUAGGAAAAUUAACCCCUCCUAAGCAAUAUGUUUUUGUUCAGCCAGGUUAAAGAAAUUAAUGCAGAAAUGUUCAAGAAUGUAUAAAGGUCUCUAGUAGCUUUGUUUCAUGUUAAUGGUAAUUGUGAUUUGAUAGGAGGAGGUAUUUGGUAUUUGGCUGAUUAAGUUCCCAAGUUUGUAUAAAACACAAAGUAAUUCUCAGAGUGUUGAAGAAUACAUAGCCAGUAUGGCCAGCCUGUUGAGAUCUCUUUGAUUUACCCAAAUGUAGUGUAUUAUGUUGGCCAAUGUUGAUUCCUGACAAUGGGGUGUGUGAAAUGUCUGCCAGUUUUGUAAUACUCAAUAAACAAGGUGCACUGAAAUUAGUUGUCUAUUCUCAGCAUUCGGGCACUUUGCCCUUUGCUUAUUUUUUUCAGUUUUAUUUUAAAUAUACUUUUGUAUUGUAUUUAAUAUUCUUUCAUGUUAUUUUUUGUAAGAUGCCACUAAUGGAAAUAGGAUGAUGACAUUUUUACUGUUUUAGUAUUGAAGUGCCCAGUGUUUGAGGUUUCAGUGUACGCCUUGUGCUCUUCAGAAUAUGAGGAGAAAUAAUGCAGCUCUCUCUAGAUACUGGUGAUACAUGACCAGACUCUCUGCCUGUGUAAAGUGCCUUUUUGGUUUUGAUGUCCUGUGUGAUAUACAAUAUUAAAAUAGGUUUUAGUUACGUGUGUUACAGGAUCAGUUAAUAGUUUUAGAAUUUGUAAGUAUUACAACCUAUGCAGGUUAGAUAGUAUGACUGUCAUAUAUCCGCUCAAUGUAAUGUACAGAGUGGUAUUAUUUAAACUAUUCUGUACAAUUAUGUUUCAUGCAGUUAAUGUUUUCCCUGUUAGUGAAGAAGAAAUUGGCAGUUGGCUGGAUUUAGAUAUCAAAGCAAUAUUUCAUUUAUUUCAUGUAUAAAUAUAUUAUUUCUUACUUCAAAAAUCAAUAUUAAUUUAAUGCAUUUAUUUUUUAUCCUAUGGAAUUUCUCAAAACAAAAACUGUCAGUUUUGUGAGACACUGCAUUUUUUGCAGAACAUUUAAUUUCAUAAAGCAUGGGAUUCCAUUCUGUGGUCUUGUAUUGUUCCUUCCAUAUUGGUAAGUUUUUGAGAAGAAAAUCCUAGUAGCAACAUAGUCUGAGUUCUGUUGGAUUGUGGUCCAACAGAGAGGGUACACAGGUAUGUGAGUGUAUACAUAAAUGUUUGAAGGCUUUAGCUCCUGAUGGAGUAUGUAAUUCUCAUCAAAAACCAGUCAUAAUUGAGCUGAAGAUGUGGAAGUCCCAUGAUAUUGUCCGCCAAGUGUACAGAAUCUUAAUAUAGGUUUGUGAGAUAAAUUUGGUAUUUUAACAUGCAAAAUAAAUUGCAAACAGGCAGUAUGAAUUACUUUAUAACAACAAUAAUUCAGUUUUUGUCAGAAAUAUAUAAUUUUUUCACCAAUGCAUAUUCUAACACGUCAUCUCCUGCAUAGCACAACACAGUGUGGUUUGAUUUCACAUGAAAGUUGUAUAUUGAAACUCUUGACCACUUUGUAUUAUAGUAAUAUGUUACAAUUCUGCUACAACUUGUCAUUUUUUUUAUAAAAGUUUCAUUUAUGAAUUAAAAACUUUGUGUAAUGUAAAUCUGAAAUAAUAUUUUAUUGAGAAAUAUUCAUGUUGGUUGUGAAUGGAGCAUACAUGUUAAAACAUUUUUGAAACAGGCCUAUCAUUUUGUUAAUGUAAUAUUUUACAGUGUGGUCAUGUAUCUAAAUAGUUGGUAAAGCAGCUGAGGGUUUUACAACUCUUUGUUUUUAUACGAGUUUCUUUUGAAUUUUUUGUUUUUAUUUUAUUUGUACAUUUGAUCAGUAUUGAUUACUAUAACAGUUUUCAGCUGAAUUGGCGGCUGAAGCGUGUACCAAUCACAUGUACUGUGCCUUGGUAGGAAGUAGUGGUGGUAGGUGGAGGGGCUAGAUAGUGAGGAAACAACAUAGAUUGGUGCCACAUGUAGCAUCGUGGAACAUUGGAUUCCAGUGAAUGGUUACAACACUACGCAAAGAACAUGUAAGAAUUGACAACAAUGCAGUGCGGCUGCCGAUGCUUCUACCACGGGGUUUUUGAACAGACUGAGGUCUAGCUGCUUACCAACAGAUCUUUGCGCUGAUUGGUCACUCACAAAGAGUAGAACUUGACUCGGCCGCCAAUUCCGCUGAAAAAUACCAUAGUAUGGUAGGACAUCUGGUAAGUGUUGCAUGGCAACAAGUUAUGGCAUAGGGUGUAGAGAAGUUAUCACAGUGAAGUCUCGAAUACUGUACUUUGCCCAAAUUCAGCAAAUGAAAAUAAAAACUAUAUUGAACAGUUUAAAGAAGCACUUGGCAGAGCAGAGACCCACAAGACAUGUAACAAGAGAGUUUUGGUCUACUGAUGGGUCCUUAUUCUGACAUGUAUGUCUUCUAAUGAACAUUCUUCCUUCUAUUGGAGAAAGUUAAAACAUUUUUUGUGAGCAUGUCCAAAAUUUUGACUUGGCAAGUGUAGUAGAAUUAGAUUGACAUUUUAUUUGGCUGCCCACUGUCCACCAGAUUGUAUUAGUGUAUGAUUCUUUACGCAUAUGGUAAUAUUUUCAAUCUUAAAUUGUCCCUCUUUGUGCUGAGUUUUGUCACAGUCUGCAAGAAUUACCAUGGUGUUUCCUCACAUUUGAUUAAUACAAGGGCUUUGUGCCCAAAAUGGGAAACAUGAAGUGUUAAAAAUGAAAAUAUUUUGCAAACCUUCUGUAAACGUGUUUAUAAAUUGUACGCAAUAUAAAAACUAUCCAUCAGCAUUUGUCGCUCAGGUCAUAACAGAUAUAGCAGAAUGUGCCCCAGUUCACAAAUAAUACCAUUUUCUGUGUCGUCAUAUCUGACUAUAGAUUUCAUAAAUUCCUUUCCGCCCAUUCAUGGAUUAUUUAGCUUAGCAGCACAAACUUAAUUUUGAUGUUUUUUAAGAUGAAAAAUUAAGUUUGACCAUUCAUACUUCUAAACAGCUCUGAAAUAAUUGAAGUGUUCCCAUGUAAUGUUAUGCUGGGUACAUGAAAUCUUUGUCAUUCAUUGUCAUUACAUUGUUUUGUAAUGAAUGUGAAUAAAUUUGAAUGCAGAAGCAUAUUUCUUGGUGUGGGAUACCCAUUAAAGAAUGUUUCAUGUAAAGAAGGUAGUUUCUUAGCCACAGAGCUGAUUAAAUUUUGCGGGGAAUACCACCGUAACACUCUUUUUCUCUUUCUAAAUCACACAUUCUCAUAGAUAAUUUUGUUGAUAGCAUUUGUUGCCUAAAAUGUUGAGAAGCAUAAGUUAUUUUCUUUUACUUUUGGUGGUGUGUAGUACAGAAGUUAUUUCACUUGAGCUAAGAAGAUUCUUUAAACAGGUUUUGCCAAUCGUUAACUAUCACAGUGAAAGACAUGCAUCAGACUUGAAGUUGAAACUUCAGUAUAUGUAGUCUGUACUGACAGUGUGUGUGGACAGUGAAGCUAAAUGUAGGCUUUGGAGAUCUGAACUGAGAAUACCAUUUCAGUAAUCUUAAAACCUUUCAUACCAUUUCAGAUUCACUUCUGAGUGUGAAUAGACUGCAGGUAUAAAAUUUUAAGAACUCAUAAGAUCUGUAAACUGUAUCAUGAUAUUUGAGUGUGAAAUUGUAUGUGUGUGUAGAUGAUUAUUAAACUUGAGCAUAGCUCAUGAGGCAUGCAGUACACUAGUUUAUUAUCACUAAACAAUUUAGAUGGAUUCAAGAUUCAGAUUAGAUUCCUCAGGAAGAUGAUUUACUGCUGAGUGAACCUGUUCAGUCUCUGUGCAGCUACUCUGUUGAUCAAUUGAGGAUAGGAAUAUUAAUCACUUAACAGACAAAUGUUCACAGAAGAUUUGGAAUGAUGAGUAUUAUUUACAAAAGCAGAUGAAGAAAGUUGUUAACAGGAAUAGUGAACAGGCUGAUUUUAUGAGCUGUGGUGCUGGAAUUGCUCUGAUUCUCUCUUAUCUUUUUGUUAUAGCGUGUUGCAUAGUGGCAUGCCUCAUGAGUGAAACUUUACUAUGUGGAAAAAAAAUGCACAUGAAUAAAUUUAACGGAUUAAAUUGAUGAUGUUCUGGGUUUUGAUGCCAUGUAGACUAUUUUGAAGAAACAUACUGUUUCCAUAAGAACCUUAAAUCUCAUAAUGGAUGAACUUCAUAUUUUGAAGUCAGUAGAAGUGUGGAUCACAUCAGUCUGACCGCAGUACGCAUGCACAAUACUAUUCCCCUUACACUCACAAGAGGUUUUGUAAUGGUUCUCAUGCUUUUAGUUACAGAGAGCCCAAUGUAACUCAGCAGUGGGUGUUAUUUAAAUUGUGCAAAUACAUGAGUUGAAGAUAGAAAUCAUUGUCAGAAACAGAACAGCACUAAACAAGAAACAAAAUACUCCCAUUUUGUAACUGCGAUAGAUAUGUGGAAGACAUUUUGUGACAUUUUACCUUUGUGGGAGAUGUUUGUGUUGAUGCGCAUUAAGAUUGCACCUACUUUAAGAGGUUAAACAUAGAGUUGUCAAUCAGUAUGAAUUUCCAUUUGGAUCACACACUUACAACAGAUAUUGGUUAAUGAAUAUUAUGUGCUUUGAGCAGUGUUACUUUUUUGUUCAUUUACCCCAAAACCAUAAUUUUUACAUUCCAUCAGGUUGGCUAUGGAUUGUGUGUUAUAUUUUACAUUUCUGUACCCAUGUGCACUUUCAAAAGAAUAUAUUCAACUCAGCUUACUACCAAAAGUAUUUACUGAUAAAACCGAAUACAGACAGCCAAUUUACACCUGUACAGCUUGCAUAAUACCAACAGUAAAGAAAAGCUGAUAACAGUAGAGGCAUUUUUCAUCUUUACAUUUCACUUUAUAGUGAAUUGAUGGUGUGGGUAUUUUUAUAUUAAAAAUUGAUUCACCAAUGUCAUGUAAUAUUGUAUUGUAUUAUAUUAUUAAUACUGAUUGACAACCCUAGUUAAGCAGUGUAGAAACACUGAAACUAGAUAAAAAAUUAAACACCAUUUAUAUUCUCCUUGAAAACAUUAAUUGGAUAGUUGAAGGUGAGGGUUUUUGUUCAAAGGACCCUCAAGUUUUGAUAGCAAGUUGUACAAGUGCCCUCUUUGUUUGUGCAGUGUGGUCUAGUACCUGUGUAAAAAGUAUCAUAGUUUCUACAUCUUUGUUGUUAUUUGAAGUGGUGGGUACAAAUCCCCAAUAUACAGAACUUAUAAAAACAUUGGUAAUGUCUCCAGGUGGCUUUUCUACAACUAAUAUUCAGUUUACAAUAAUUAAAUAUAAUGUCCUUGUAGAGAACCUUUUUUAAUAAACAAAUAUCCUUUGAAUUGUGAAGAAAUGUAAAAUAUUGUCACACUUUACAAUUCAAUUGAAAAUGAGAUUGAUAUUUGA